UUGAGUUCUAAUUCAAUCUUAUAUUGUGUGCCCAUAUAUAAGGUAUAAGGACAUUUGCAAAAAGUGAACAUAUGUUUCCAUCCUGGCACAGUCUGUUGCGCUGGAAACCACUGAAAAUGGAGGGACUGCGUCGAGCAGGGGACGGAAUGAAGACGCUGGAGACCGUUGACUUGACCACAGAUGAUGAGGAACGGCCAGUCUUGAGGCUCCUAUCCGAUAGAAACAAUGGCCAUUACCUUUGCCCCAUCUGCAUGAGUCUUCCCGAUCAUCCGGUGGCCACCACGUGCGGCCAUAUCUUCUGCAAGGAAUGCCUGACCACCGCCUUGAAUCAAUUGCAUUACUGUCCGCUGUGCAAGAACUUCGUGACGAGCUUCUUUCGCAUUUACACCUAAUUCGAAAGUUCCUUUGUGUUCAAAUUUAAUUAUAUUUCUUAAAGUUAUCAAUAUCGUAUAUUUAUAUUAUAUUAUUUUAUAAUCAGCAACAGCAGAUACCCU